AUGACUUCAGCCGUCCCGACAAAGAUAGUCUUGAAAAGUACAACCAGAAUGUCCCUGAGUGACAGGUUCUCCACUAUCGCACCAACUGUUCAGAACAUCCGAGCACAAAUGGCUAUGGAACAUCAAGUAUCUGCAGCAAAUCAACGACUCGCUCAACAGCUGGCUCGCCGUCCGGCUAUUCUUGCUACUCCACCAAAUAUGUUCAUUCCACAGCAGCGUGGAGCUGGUGGAAGGCGGGGGAACUUUAAUGCAGCCGUCAUCAAGCCAAACGUACAACAAAGGUUAGGGAAGUCCAACGUUAAGAACCGACUUUCGCUGCCCGGAGGUCAACCUAUUAGAGGCAGGGGAAGAGGGCGAGGAAGGGGAGGUAAUAUUUCACAGCCAGCUGAGCUUGGAGACCAUCACUGGGUGAAUCCAAACCUGAGGGGCAGAGGAAACUUUAACCCAAGAGAAGGCCCCAGAGGCAGGGGUGCAUUCAGAGGCAGAGGAAGGGGAGCUUUCAACAGGUUCAGUGAACAGAACACACCGACAGCCCAGACAGCCAGCACAAGAGGCAACUCAAGGGGCAGUAGACCCGGAGGCAGACGUGGCCGAGGAGCUGGCAGGGGGAACAAAUCUAAUGUGUCUGUAGCAGAUCUUGACAACCAGUUGGAUGCGUACAUGGCCAAGGCAAAAACACAUCUUGAUUCCGAACUUGAAGCUUACAUGUCUGAAGUUUCAAAAUGA